AUAAUCAAAAAAUGAAAAUGAAUGUGCUCCUUCUCUUGUUCCUAGCAGCUAUGGUGGUCAGAGCUGCUUCCCAACCACCAAACCCCAUCCCUGUCCCUUAUGACUUCUAUUCCGUGGUCUUACAAUGGCCAAAGUCGGUCUGCAACACUGGCUGGCAUCAAUGUACAAAACCAAUACCCCCUUCUUUCACUCUGCAUGGCCUAUGGCCUCAACGUUAUAGUUUUCCAUGUUUUGAUGACUGCACACGAUACCCCGGAAAUACAAAAUUUGAUAAUAAUUCGAUACCUGAUGAUGAUAGGAAUGUUUUAAUACAAUACUGGCCAAACAUGUACGGUGAUAAUGAAGCUUUUUGGAGGCAUGAAUAUGAAAAACAUGGGUCAUGCGUCCACCCAUUUUACUUAGAUCAGUUGACAUAUUUUUUAACAGCUUAUAGAGUGGCGACUUCUACUGACUUGUAUAGCAUCCUUCUAGCAGCAGGCAUUAUAUGUGGUGGCCCAACCACUUUCGGAGCUAUUCGAACAGCAAUUCAUGCAUCAACUAGAUUUUGGCCCACCGUGCGAUGCAAUAGGAGCUUAACUAGAACCCUCCAAUUGUUCCAAAUAUAUCUUUGCUUCAACAAAAUAACCAACGCGCCGAUGGAUUGCCCAAAGGAUCAAAAAGGAUGUACUGAUCCUAUUGACUACCCUCAACCUUAG